AAUGUAAAGAUUGCCGAUUUGAUCGUAAUAAUCAAAAGAGAAACUGCCAUUAGCACUUGUGUUAUUUUCUAAUGUUUAUCGUCAAUCUCUGUUAUCACUUGUAUUUACAUCCAGGCAAAAAAAAAACGAAUAUAAAUAUAGAACCAAAUAGGGAAACGAAUAUAGAUAUACGUUUAAUAAUCCAAUGAAAAUUACUACAUAGUUUCUCCUUAGAAUGUUUUGCUAAUAACUUAAGGUUAGACACUGAGACUUAACAACAGUACAGUCAAAUAAUUUGUUCCCUAUUUUUCUGGAAAAACGGUGGCCAAGGACCAAAACAUGAACACACCGGAUUAAUUCAUACUCACUUGAGAAAUUCUUGCAAGAAUUUGUUACCUGAACAAAGGAAAUUCACCCAUUCUAAGAAAGUCGUAAAACACGUCGGAGUUUGUACGGAAAUUAUUGAACUAGCUGAAAUGUGCGCAAAGUUUGGAGCUACUUCAGCAAACUAUUCUACUAUUUCGAAAAUGAUGAGUGAUGUUCAUGAUUUGCAUAUGAUGCUACUCAACGAGAAAAACGAUAUGGCUAAGAUACUACUCGUUUUACCACAUUUGACUUCUUACAAUGGGAGAAUGAUUCAUAUGGCAUAUGAGCGCAUCCAUGGUACCAGCUUCAAUCAGAAAGUUGACUUGAGAAAAGUAUUCGCCAAAGGUCUCAUGCACAAUCAGCAUGCUUUUAAAGAAGUUUCGGAUGAUUACAUAAGAGGAUGUCUUCGUAUAAUGAUUAAAUUAACUCGCAAGGGCAUAAAGCAUAAGGAAACAAUGGAGCCGAAUAUUGGUAUAGAAACUGAACUAGCAGCUCCAUUAAUUAGAUGGAUUUCUGACUCUCAAUCGAUCCAGGAUUAUAACGCUCCUGUAUCGCAUAUUUUUUGUCAAAGCGAAAAUUUUUUUGUAUAUCUAUCUCCUUGUGCCAUUAUUCCCUGUGGAAAGGAAUCAAUUAACGCCGCUAUCGAUACAUUCUUUAGAUCGUUCGCAGUGUUUAAUUUGCGAAUUCCGGUAAAUUUAUUAAAAAUUGCAGAUUUCCUGGACGUGUUUGCCUACAAAAUUAAAUCAUGCAGUAAUCGUUCGACCGUUCAGAAUUUGUGUUCUUUAUUCAUUGAAAGCGAAAAUGCAGAAAAAUUAUUGUAACGUGCAGGUUUCGUAAAUUUGACACUAAUAAAUGGUUUAAAAUUACCCACUGGUUGCAAA